GUUCCAGUUUCCUCCUAAUACUGUCCUAGUGAGUGCUGUGUAUGCAGUAUCACUCUCAAAGCCUCUCCUCAAACGACUCAAGUUAGAGAUACAGCACUGCAUUGAUUUAACAGGACGACCAGCUCUUAGUCGUCAUCUCAAGUUUGCUAUAGCUCCCAUCAACACACCCAGUCUUCCUUACCAGUUCUCAGUAGUCGAGGGAGGAGAGUUUAGACCUGAUAGUGGGUAUGGAUCCAUUCAACGUAAAGAGUUCUGUUUGGUUUGUAUACUUGGGGAAGAAUGGACUAUUGGAGGAGGUGAUGGUGUCCCUGUAGCAUCAGUUAUUGAUUAUGAAGGAGACACAGAGGAAGAAGAGGAGGAAGAGGACCACCUUUCAGUCUUGGCCCAGCCCCUUCCAGCUAUUGAUGUAUACACACCCAGUACCUGUAUAUCAGAGUGUAUGAAUUAUGUCAUAAUAAGGCAUUAUGAGUAUAGAGGUGUGGAGAAUUUAGUGAAGUUCACUGCAGCUAAAGAUCUGAAUGCUCUUGUUGAGUUUAUUCAUCAGAAUUAUUCUCAAGCAGAAAUAGGACAGACUGUUUACUUCAAAUUUCAGUCUUCCAGUGAUUGCAUUGAGUUGAAACUUGAUACUCUACAAAUGAAGUCAUUCACUGGUUGGACUAUACAGCCACACUAUGAGACUUGUAAAUUGCAUCGCUUCGAUAUUGACAAAUUUGGUGGAGCUAAUAAUUAUUCUAUUCCUUCAUCUUGUUUGGUAUCAGUGUAUGAAUCACCUGAUGCUGUCCCUACACUACAUUACUCUGUUCCACUGGAAGGUGUGGCUGAUCCCAUUACAUUAUAUAUUCAUGCAUCAAGGAGAACUAUUUAUCCUCCAACAAAUCCUACUACCUCCUUCUCCUCCUCUAAUGUAGUACAUGACCCAACAUCAGUAUCAUCCACUGGAGGAGCUAGUCCAUCAGCUACUGUUGAUGUUAAGAGAGUUAAGAAAGUGAUCAAUGAUGUUCUUAUAUCUCGUUAUGCUGCUCUCAAUUCACUACCAAUGGCAGCUGUCCCUGAUCUUGCGAAUCAACUUUACACGUUUCAUCUUAUUCGUAGGGAAUUCAGGGAAUAUUCUUCAAUGGAAGCAUUCAUAUCAGAGUUCAAGGCUAGUCUUAAUUUUAUGAGGAAUUUGCCUCAAGUGCAGGAGCACUGUCAAAAGUUUUUAAGCUCAUUCGUUGCUGUAAGAGGCAGUUAUGCUGCUGCAGCAAUGGUUUUACAUGAGGACUGGAUUGAAGCUAUUAGGAAUGAACUGGGAUUUGAUUUUAAUAUCAAUAUUGAUGCUUAACUACUCCAUUAGAU